AUGGAUGUGAAUCGAUUAUUGAAUGAUGAGCUGACUUAUGAGUUACAGCUGAGAGGACAAACAAUACCCAGCACAGUAACGCUAAAGAGAAGCCUAUUACGACAGGUAUUGAAAUUAAAUUUGCCUCUACAGCCGACAGGAAUGAACCCGACACUGGACAUGGAGUCCUGUCAGAAUAAACUCACCGACUUGCUGGAAGCCAUUAAACACUUUGACACUGGGAACACCACAAAUGAAUAUACUCGGAUUUCAACAAGAUUGAUACACAUUCAGAGAAGACUGAAUUUUAUUAUCACUGAAAAUGAAACCGAGUCACAGAUGAUAGAACAAUUAAAGGAGACUGCAGCUCGGGCCUUGAGGUCAUUGGAGGCACUAGUGACUGCAGACAGACCGCAGCCAUCGAAUCAUCCGGAUGGAUCGCUUUUGGAUGUAGAGAUCCCACAGUCGCCGGGGAUGUCUCCCAUACAGCCAACCAAGGUUGCACCACUGGAGACAUCGUUGAUAACAUUGGACGCUGAUGAUCAGCCGCUACCACAGGUUCCAAUUCCCCAGGCUGCGACACCUAAAAAUAAAUCAAAAUUAGCACAGGUCCUGAAUGAAACUAGACAGGAAUGUGAAGAUUUACUACAGCAUUUACCAACAAUGCCAGUUUCUCAACCACAGAGACAGAAUGUGGAACAACAAGAGGGGCCAACUCAUAGUAGGUGGACGAGCUCUAUGAGAAGGGUGUCAUUCCCCCAUCCGACGGAAUCGAUAAUAGAUUUGAACCCCCGACAUGACCCCCAAGUGAAGUCAACACCGACUGCAACGGUACCCAUUCAUAAAUGGAAUAUUUAUUUUGAUGGCACUGAUAGCGUAACCGGAUUUAUAGAGGAGAUAGAGAGACUGGCUGAAUCCCGGAAGACAUCCUUAGAACAGGUGUUCGAAUCAAUUUACGAACUUUUACGAAAGGAUGCCAAGGAUUGGUUCAUCCCCCGGAGGGGACUUUUCAGAAACUGGGAUGAUUUCAAAAAUCAAUUGAAGGAAGCAUUCUUACCAGUCAAUUAUGAAGAGAACCUACUGGAUGAAAUCAAGAAGAGGAUGCAAGGCCCUGAUGAAAAGCUAUUGUUGUAUGUUACCCGGAUGCAAAAUCUGUUCCAGAAACUGACUUGCAAUCGUCCCACUGAGAGUGAACAGAUUCGACUGAUAAGACAGAGGUUAUUGCCAUCACUGCAGCAGGCUUUGGCCUUUCAAGAGACCACCACAUACGAUGAACUGCUGAAGAAAGGAAAAAUCUUUGAAUUAGUACAAUGGCAAAUGGGACAUUAUACAAAACCACCGGCUAACCCCAGCCUUAUUGAUGAACCUCAUCUCACUUAUCAACAGCGUCGUCAAAGAGACUAUCAAGCUAAUCUCCAUGUACUGACAGAAGAUCAAGUCCCAAAAUCCAAACCGGAUUCCCCGAGGCCAGUGUCCUCCCACGGUAGAAUAGAAAACCGAAGACCCACUGGACCUGGUCGUUCACAACUGCCUUCAAGAUCACUGGAGCAUACAGACAACAGGUCAAGAAAUGGUAACACCUCCCAGGACCGGACUGGAUCCCCAGCGGAGCGAAGAGUGACCUUUCAGACCCAAUGCUUUCGGUGCGGAAAAUAUGGACAUUUAAGAAGAGAAUGCCAAGGAACGCCGAAAUUAUUUUGCUCCCGAUGUCAGAGAGUGGGCAUCCUCUCCCGAGAUUGCCCCUGUUCCCGGAAUCAGAAAAGAACUUCCCCACCGACGUCCAUCGAGCUACUGACUCCACUGGACCCCACUACUGAAAGUGACAACCGGCCCCUGGUGCUGGUAUACAUCGAAGGAAAAGUAUUUCACGCACUGGUAGAUACUGGUGCCACCAAAUGUUUCUGCAGCCGGAAGGUAGCCCAGCUGUGUGAAAGGAAUGGAAUUAAGGGAGAAAAAUCCAACACAGAAACUGUCAUGGUAGCAAAUGGUCAAACGACAGCCACCCCGAAGAUGUAUCACUUGUCAAUGGUGAUAGCCGAUUAUGUCCUGACAGAUAUAGAAUUCUUGUUGGUACCCAAUUUAACGGUAGACUUAAUCCUGGGAAUAGAAGUCCUCAAGAAAUACAACUUCUCCCUGGAUCUUCGAAAGACAAAUGUCUACUUGGAAGGUCGACUUGUACCCAGAGUGGAACAGGUAACAAAGAAGGCCAUAGAGAUACAAGCCGCAGCCGAACACCUACUGGAUCUAACUGGUGAGCAGAGAACGAGACUGGAGUCCUUCCUCACCGAAGAACUAGGAAAAUUUACCCAACUGAGUGGCACUACAGACUUGAUAGAACAUAAAAUAAGGUUGAAACCCGGAAUUGAACCGAUUAAACAAAGAUAUAGGCCUCAGAACCCGAAGAUGCAGGAAAUCUUUGAUCAGGAAGUGGAUCGAAUGCUGGAGGAAAGAGUAAUAGAACCCUCCAAAUCACCCUGGAGUUCACCCGUGGUACUGGUCAAGAAGAAGGAUGGGAAGUAUCGCUUCUGCAUAGACUUUCGAGCAGUCAAUGAGGCAUCAGUUAAGGAUGCAUAUCCCCUGCCAUACAUCUCUGGAAUUCUGGAUAAAUUAAGACGGGCCAGAUACAUAUCAACAAUUGAUUUGAAGCAGGGAUACUGGCAGAUCCCACUGGAGACAGAGAGUCGCCCCAUUACUGCGUUUACAGUGCCUGGAAGGGGAUUAUAUCAGUUCACGGUAAUGCCCUUUGGACUACAUGCAAGCCCAGCAACCUUUCAACGAUUCUUAGACACCAUCAUCGGACCGGAGAUGGAACCAAAAGCUUUUGCUUACCUAGAUGACAUCGUCGUGCUGGGAGAAACGUUCGAGGAACACCUGGAAAAUCUACAAGAGGUAUUCCAACGACUGAGGGAAGCCAAACUGCGUCUCAACCCAGACAAAUGUGAGUUCGUCCGGAAAUCACUGAAAUACUUGGGACAUGUCGUCACCUCAGACGGUAUCUGCACUGACCCCGACAAAGUGUCGGCCAUCGUCGCCUUUCCGGCUCCAAAAACAGUGCGAGAGACUGAUGCAAGCGAUGUGGGACUGGGAGGAGCCCUAACUCAAACUAUCAAAGGAGAAGAAAGAGUCAUCGCUUAUGUCAGCCGGACAUUGAACGCCGCCGAGAAGAAUUAUUCAGUGUCCGAGAAAGAAUGCCUCGCCAUAGUAUUUGCGAUAGAAAAGCUGCGACCAUACCUGGAAGGGUUUAGAUUCACGGUCAUCUCCGACCACAUGAGUUUGAAAUGGUUAAACUCCAUCAAAUCACCCUCUGGAAGAAUUGCAAGAUGGGCAGUGUUCCUACAGCAAUUUGAUUUUGAAGUACAGUACCGAAGAGGAUCACUCAACAAACUGGCCGACAGCCUGUCAAGAAACCCACUACCGACACUUAACUGUGUCCAACUGAAAGAGACAGAUAUUCAAUGUAAGUGGUACAAAAAUAAGUUUCAGGAAGUAGAGAAAGGACCAGAACACUGCCCCGACUAUUCCAUCAUCGAUGGAAGACUACACCGACACUUUUGGGAUUCAUCAGAUGUUAGGGAAGCUGGAACAGCCACCCAUGGAAGCUGUGUAUACCCACCGAACAGAGGAACGAAGUACUGAAAGAAAACCACGACUCGGCCUUGGCUGGACAUCUGGGAAUAGCCAAGACAAUUGCGAGGAUCUCGCGGAAUUAUUACUGGCCAGGUAUGUUUAGGGACAUUGCGAAAUAUGUCCGGAACUGCACUUCGUGCCAAAAGUUUAAAGUACCCCAACAGCAACUGGCAGGAAAGAUGCAACCUCGAAAGAUGGUGGAUGCGCCAUUCAAGGAAGUAUCAACU